UGAACCAAGGAUUUGGGCGGCCGGAAGAGCCGCGCCGUAACGGCAGCCAUCUUGUUUGUUUGAGUGAAUCGGAAAGGAGGCGGCGGCCGUGGCGGUGGCGGGAGCGGCUCCGAGGCGACACCGCACAAGGGCUCCCCCUUUCCCCGCCCCCUCCCCCGACCCUUUUCCCCCUCCCCGGGCCACCCACCCCUCCCAGCUUCCCCGCGGAGAUACAGGUUUCUUGCUGUUUCAUAGCAAACAAGAAACAUGUUCUACGCACACUUUGUCCUCAGUAAAAGAGGGCCUCUGGCCAAAAUAUGGCUGGCGGCCCAUUGGGACAAGAAGCUAACCAAAGCCCAUGUGUUUGAGUGCAACUUAGAGAGCAGUGUGGAAAGCAUCAUCUCGCCGAAGGUGAAGAUGGCACUCCGGACAUCAGGACACCUCCUCCUGGGAGUUGUCCGAAUCUACCACAGGAAAGCCAAGUACCUCCUCGCAGACUGUAACGAAGCAUUUAUUAAGAUAAAGAUGGCUUUCCGGCCAGGUGUUGUCGAUCUACCUGAGGAAAAUCGGGAAGCAGCUUACAAUGCCAUUACUCUACCUGAAGAAUUUCAUGAUUUUGAUCAGCCACUGCCAGACUUAGAUGACAUCGAUGUCGCCCAGCAGUUCAGCCUGAACCAGAGCAGAGUGGAAGAGAUAACCAUGAGAGAAGAAGUUGGGAACAUUAGUAUCCUACAGGAAAAUGAUUUCGGUGACUUUGGGAUGGAUGACCGUGAAAUAAUGAGAGAAGGCAGUGCUUUUGAGGAUGACGACAUGCUGGUCAGCACCAGUGCUUCUAACCUCCUCUUGGAGCCCGAGCAGAGCACCAGCAAUCUCAACGAGAAAAUCAACCAUCUAGAAUAUGAAGACCAGUACAAAGAUGAUAAUUUUGGAGAAGGAAAUGAUGGUGGUAUAUUAGAUGACAAACUUAUAAGUAAUAAUGAUGGUGGCAUCUUUGACGAUCCCCCUGCCUUGUCUGAGGCAGGGGUCAUGUUGCCAGAGCAGCCUGCACACGAUGAUAUGGAUGAAGAUGACAACGUGUCCAUGGGCGGGCCUGAUAGCCCUGAUUCAGUGGAUCCUGUUGAACCAAUGCCAACUAUGACUGACCAGACAACACUUGUCCCAAAUGAGGAAGAGGCUUUUGCAUUGGAGCCCAUUGAUAUAACUGUCAAAGAAACAAAAGCCAAGAGGAAGAGGAAACUGAUUGUUGACAGUGUCAAAGAAUUGGAUAGUAAGACAAUUAGAGCCCAACUUAGUGAUUAUUCGGAUAUUGUGACAACAUUGGACCUGGCCCCGCCCACCAAGAAGCUGAUGAUGUGGAAAGAGACCGGGGGAGUGGAAAAGCUUUUCUCCUUGCCAGCCCAGCCUUUGUGGAAUAACAGACUACUGAAGCUCUUCACACGCUGUCUUACACCACUUGUACCAGAAGACCUUAGGAAAAGGAGGAAAGGAGGAGAAGCUGAUAAUUUGGAUGAGUUCCUCAAGGAGUUUGAGAAUCCAGAGGUUCCUAGAGAGGAACAGCAGCAACAGCAGCAGCAGCAACAACAACAGCAGCAGCAGCAGCGUGAUGUCAUCGAUGAGCCCAUUUUGGAGGAGCCAAGCCGCCUCCAGGAGUCAGUGAUGGAGACCAGCAGAACAAACCUAGAUGAAUCUGCCAUGCCCCCACCGCCCACUCAGGGAGUUAAGCGAAAAGCUGAACAGAUUGACCCAGAGCCUGUGAUACCUCCUCAGCGGGUAGAGCAGAUGGAAAUACCACCAGUAGAGCUUCCUCCGGAAGAGCCUCCAAAUAUCUGUCAGCUGAUACCAGAGUUAGAGCUUCUGCCAGAGAAGGAGAAGGAGAAAGAGAAAGAAAAGGAAGAGGAAGAAGAGGAGGAGGAUGAAGAUGCGUCAGGGGGUGACCAGGAUCAAGAAGAAAGGAGGUGGAACAAAAGGACUCAGCAGAUGCUUCAUGGCCUUCAGCGAGCUCUUGCUAAAACUGGGGCUGAGUCUAUCAGUUUGCUUGAGCUGUGUCGAAACACAAACAGAAAGCAGGCUGCAGCGAAGUUCUACAGCUUUUUGGUUCUUAAAAAGCAGCAAGCCAUCGAGCUCACACAGGAAGAGCCAUACAGUGACAUCAUUGCAACCCCUGGACCAAGGUUCCAUAUUAUCUGAGGAGCUAGAAGCUUAGAGCUAGUGUUUACUCACUAGUACAUACAAAUUGCCCCCGUGUGUAGGGCACCAAAACCCUUUAAGAAAGUUUUUAGAUUUCUGUUUGUACAAAAUCUUUGCCUUUUCUUUCUUCAUUUUUCCCCCCAGUGUUUGUAAUUUGUCCACCAUCUUUUAAGGGAAACUGCUUAUUUGGGUUGGGUUUGUAUUCCUGGAGAAAACAUUACCCCAAGAACCCAGAAGAUUCAUAACAGUUCAAAGAACAGAUGUGUGCAAUAUUGGUGCAUGUAAUAAUAUGGAGUAACAGUCAAAAGUCCCCAUUUUUAUGUUAGGUUUCCAUUACUGUGUUGGAAGGAAAACCUGCCUAGGAAAAUGCCUGACACUUUAAGAGCUAUGGUUUGAGUCCCUUGACAGGAAGAGAAAAUGUCUUCCCAUCAGUGACACCAGCAGUCUGGUUAACCACUGUACCUAGGGAUAGCACAUGAAGCAUCGCAGUUGUCUUCUUGAUCAUGUUUUAAAGUAAUUCCAUAAUGAGCAAGAAUUUGUGAAUUGUGUUGUGACUGAUCCUCUUGGACUGUUCUGAAAUCAUUCCGUGUGAGUCUUAGGAACUCUGACAUUAGUGCAGCUCAGAAGGAUGAGAUGAGAGACUUCUACAGUGGCGUGACUCCAGAGCUGCUGAUCACUUUCUCAAAGAUGCUUGAGUAUGUUUGCUUGAGUAAUGAGAUCAUGAAAAGAGAAACUUCCCCCUGCCUGCUGAAGGGCAGACUCUUGAGAAACUACACCAGAUUGACUUUGCUCUAAGCAAACAGUGCUGUAAAAACUAAUGGCUUCUCUGAUAUUUAUUAUAAUGUUAGUACUGAUCUCUUUCCAAUGCUGCACACUCCUGUAUUUGAAACUUAUUUUAAUAGCUUUGCAACUGUAAUCCUGUAUCAGUUUCCUAUAAUUUAAAUGGAGAACAUCCAGAUAAAGGCUUUAUUAUUAACAGAUCCAGAUAGCACCAGAAAUUAUGUGACUAUAUGAAAAUCAAAAUAUGUCUUCACUUUGUAGGGCAAAUUAUGUUGAAAGUUCUAGCUUAAGUGUUGGCACUUUUAUGGGGGGGAAAUCAAUUUUAAAACUACGACUUCCGUGUAUACCCAGUAAUUUAAAAUUAUGUGAAAUAUUUUAAAUUUGUGAACUCGUAAUUACUAUUUUAAUGAUUCAGUUUCUUGAGUAAUUGUAUAAAAUUGCUCUUGCAGUUUUAUUUUCAAUACAACGUGCCUGUAAACCAUGGAUAUCCCCUUUGUAAAAAGACAUUGUAGAUAAUCGAAUGCUUGAUUAUAGAAAGGUCAUUAGUUUCUUGUUACACAUUUUGUUAGUCUGGUUUUUGUCGCUUAUUGGGUUUAAUAUUGUUCUUGAAAAUAGUUGAUGCUAUGUUAUGUAUAACUUUUCUAAUAAAAAUUGUGUUUCAAGCUGUA